AUGGAGAGCCAGUCGAAAUCCUUCCGUUAUAUCCUUCUUACCGAUGUCGAAACAUAUUUGGGCCACAAUCUGGCCCUUUACCUACUAACGACAGUCAACGAUCGUCCUGGCAAAUUGAAGAAGCACUGGAAAGUCCGCGUUUUAUGCCGCAACAGAGAUAAAGUAGCCGAUUUGGAGCAGCUUGGAGCGGAUGUACAGAUCGUCAAUUAUGACAAUCUUCAGUUAUUGUGCAACUGUAUGAAAGAUGUCAAAUGCAUGAUCCUUGUUCCUAGUAUGAGCCGCAACCGCUUGGCUGAGGGACAGCUCCUUAUUGAUGCAGCUGCUGCUAUGAACGUCAAAUCCACUGUCAUGAUGUCUAUUUGCGGUGAAUCACUUUCUUCUGGCCAGAAUAAUCCUAUUGGGGAAUAUCGCGCUCUGGAAGAUCAUCUUCGCACAAAAUACUCCUUUGGUCGUUGGUGCAUUUUGAGAGCGGCCUUCUUUCACCAAUACUUCUACUAUUGGUCACGCAUGAUCGAAGAACGCGGAGAGCUCGGUAUGCCUUUGCCAGCCGAGGACAGCAUGCUUACCGUUGGCAUUAUGGAUGUAUGCAAUGCAGUCGGUAAUCUGAUCCUGGGCUCCAAGAAGCAAAUCCUUGAAGACAAUAGGGAAGACGAAGAAGAAGACUAUGGACUCUCAGCGGCCGUGUCCACCCGCAUGUUUAGUUUGACAGGUCCUCACAACUAUUCUGGCAAUGCGCUUGUUCAUCGCUUGAACCAAAUCUUUGAAGGUGACGGCGAAAUCAAAUACACCGAAACUUCAACGGACGAUAUGCGCAAAUACCUCGAAUCGAUGACCAUGCAAACCACUGAUAUUACGCGCCUUGAGAGUAAUGUGCCUGGCUUCUUACCUGAUCCUCAGCAAUUCUUGAAUAUGGAGGAAAUUGAUCUCAUGAUGAAUUUCUUUGAUGUUAUCAAAUCGUGGCACAGAGGUAGACUGACAUCUGAUGUUGCUCACUUGACAGGACGAGACCCGAUGGAUUUGCUCGAUUUCUUUGAAGAACAUAAGCAGCAAUUCCGUCGUCCCGGAAAUAAUUAA